CCGGCACGCGCGCAACACGCUGUUUACUGACCAAACUGGGGAGGCAUAUAUAUUUUUUCUUUUAUAUGGAUUUAUAAAUGCAAACUUCGAAUAAAAGGAACCUUUAAUUUUUUUUUAGGAGUUUUUUCCCCCAUCCAGACAGAGUGGACGUCUCCGCUUUGGAGUUGUAAACUUGUUUCCCUCCAAACGCAGCACCGGAUUGACAUCUUAAUGCAACUUUUUUGGAAAGACACGAAAGGCAUCUUGACCGAGUCUAAGAGUAAAUCUCACUACGACGUCAAAAUCUUUCGCUGGGCGCCAGGUGACGGUCCGUUUUGUCCGGGCGCGAGCGCGUUCUCGGUUCCACUCGGCUGUGCCGGGGAGAUGUUCCAGGGGUUCCCCGGUGACCCGGACAGCGGCUCCCGUGGAAGUUCCUCUCCGUCGGUCGAAUCUCAGUACCUGUCUUCGGUGGACUCCUUUGGGAGCCCCUCCACCACCACUGCACCACAAGAGUGUGUAUCUGCCGCUGGAGGUGUAGGGGUGGGUGGUGGCACAGCUGGCAGCGCUCCAGGGGUGGACAUGCCUGGCUCCUUCAUUCCUACAGUGACUGCCAUCACCACAAGUCAGGACCUGCAGUGGAUGGUGCAACCAACCCUCAUCUCCUCUGUGGCACCAGGGCAGAGUGGUACAGGUACGACCACCAUGACCCAGUCUGUGGCCCUGGACCCAUAUGACAUGCCAGGGCCAAGCUUCUCCUCUGGCUCUGGCUUUACCUCUCCCAGCUCGGACACCCCAGGUCCCAUGCGCCAGUCACGAAGCCGCAGGCGCACACGUGACGAAUCACUGACUCCAGAGGAGGAAGAGAAAAGGCGCGUCAGGAGAGAGAGAAACAAACUGGCUGCAGCUAAGUGUCGCAAUCGACGGCGUGAGCUUACAGACAGGCUACAGUCGGAAACUGACAUUUUGGAGGAGGAGAAGGCAGAGCUGGAAGCUGAGAUCUCAGAGCUGCAGAAGGAGAAGGAGCGCCUGGAGUUUGUCCUCAUCACCCAUCAGCCAAGCUGCAAGAUCCCUUACCAGGAGGAGCAGCAGCAGACGCCUGCGCCUCCUCCACCACCAUCCUCCUCUGUGGCGGUGGUGGGUUUGACUGUGAAGGAGGACUCAUUCUACCUGCCUCCACCUUACUCGUCCCACCACCACCACCAUCACCAGCAGCACCACCAGCAGCAGCAGCAGCCGGCUCAGCAGCAGCAGCAGCAGCAGCAGCAGCAGCAGCAUCAGCAUCAGCAGCAGCAGCAGCAGCAGCAAGGGAUGAUGCAGGAGGUAGCCUUUUCUAGUUCUUUCUAUGGGCUGAGCCAGCCAGCGCCGGGUGGCCUGUGCCUUGUUGCUGACGGCGGCGGUAACCCUGACGUUGGUAGCCACAACCCCUCAUACACAUCUUCAUUUGUGUUCACCUACCCAGAGGGAGCCUGUGGUGCCAGCGCUAACCAGCGAACCAGCAGCAGCGAGCAGUCCUCUGACUCCAUGAACUCGCCCUCACUUCUCGCACUCUGAAUGCUCUGGCCCCUUGCUUACUGUCAUUGCCCUUUCUCGCACACACACACACACACACACACACACACACGCACACACAUGCACACAAUCAUUUAGUUUAUUAAGUGCAGCACGGUAGAUGUGCUCAACUUCUUUAACAUUUUUAGAGAUAUUACAUAUUCAUGAUAUAUUACAAAUUCAUUCAUAGAGUUAUAUUUAUUGCAAAAAGUUCUCGCAGUCUCAUUGCUCCAGCUAAAUGGUUUUUGCACUGGUGCUUUAGUUGCUUAACUCGAGCCUAAAUCACUAUCAGAUAAAGUAUUAUUGUGUAAUACAUUCAAACCCUCCCACACUCAUACAUUAUAAUGAUAAAGCACUUAGGUAUAUUUCAUCCUCCUCCUGCUUGGUUUCAUCCUCUCUCUCUCUCUCUCUCUCUCUCUCUCUCUCUCUCUCUCUCUCUCUCUCUCUCUCUCUCUCUCUCUCUCUCUCUCUCUCUCUCUCUCUCUCUCUCUGGUUGCUCAUGCUUACUGCUGUUGUUCUAGCUCUCUUUUUUGCUCCAUGCCGAUCCUCUGCACAGUGUAUUUGUCGAAAAUGGGACACCUUCUUUGGCUUCAAUAUUUACUUUUUUAUAGGCCAAACUGUAAUCCACCCACUUCUGCACUCUUCAUUCUCCAUCUAAUCCUUCCCUUCCUUCUUUGUCAUUGUGCCGGAACCUUUAAAUAUUAAGGAACGUUUUUUUUUCUACAAUGGAUCAAUCGAUCAAUCAAUCAAUCAAUCAAUCAAUCACUAUCUAUCUCUUUUUCUUGUCUCCUGCAUCGUCCAUCUGCCCAUCUGUUUCUCCUCUCUUCUGUCUCUAUGUGCCUCUGGUACUCUGUGAAGCCUUCAGCCCCUGAGAGCCCAUUGGACCCUGAAAACCCAUGGAACCUUGAAUGAUGGCCGGCCACCCCAGCACCACAGACAACCCCUUUUUCCAUUCCAGCAUGGAUCGACUGCCACACUUCACAGAGGAAUCGCAAGAUAAAAAAAACAAUAACAGCUAAACAUACACAGGUCAAAACAAGGAGCGAAUGACAUUUCAGAGCAGGCAUUGUGUUCAGUUUUCCUUCUUUGACCCAGAGGAGAUGUGGGAUUUAUAAAACUAAAUGUACCUGAUUACCGCAGAAAAGGACUCUAAAGGCUGGUGCCGAUGAUGGAGGAGCAUUUAGAGUUAGAAAUCUUUUCAUGUUCUGGACAUCUCUGAGAAGAGGAAAGCAAAAAAGUCACAUGAAAAACAAGCGUGUUUCUUCUGUUCUGCCAAAUACCAUCUCUUCCCCAUUAUUUUUCAGACCUUUAUUUUUGUACAAUCCUAUGCCAACUCCCUUUAUUGAAGUGGCUUUUCAUCUGUUUCCGCAAUAGUAUUAGCUGCAACCUGGAAAAAAAAGUGGCUUAAUGAACCUUAAAUGCAAAAACUGUUCUUAUUGUGAGUGGCACAGGUUUUUCAGUCAGUACUUGUUACAGUUUGUCAACAAAAAGUAGAAAACCUUUUAAACAUUUUAAUCAAAAUCAUUAGAACUGACCCACACGACAGAUCAGCAGGCAGCUGCAGGCUUUUAUUGUGAAAGAGCAUCACUGAAGCUGCUUCUCCAGAUUAUUUCUUUCUUUAAGGAGGAUGACGUGGCGAGAAAGCACAACCUUGAUUGAGGAAGAAAAACAGUUGUUUAUGUCUGUUUAUGAAUCUGAAAACUAUUUUCCUGUGAAUUUGUUAAAUAUCAUAU